GAGGGAGCAGAAGAGAGAGAAGAAGGAGAAGAGGAGGAGGAAGCUGGAAGAGAAGAGGAGGCAGCGAGAGAGGGAGAGGCAGAAGGAGAUAGAAAUGGUUCAGUGGAGGCUGCAGAUCGUGAUGGAGCGAGAGAGAGUGGAGAAGGAAGAGAGGCAGGAGCUCCAGAGACUCCGAGAGCUGGAGAAAGAACUGCAGCUGAAAGAGCUGAGAGAGAGAGAGAAGGAGAGAAAGGAGAGAGAGCGCCAGCCGUCCACUAGAAAGGUAGGACUCAUGAUCUCAUUCAUCACAGUGUUAGUGAUUAGAGACAGUUUAGUCUUCAGUGAAAGGUUCUGUGCCCUGAGAGGGAGCGGCAGGGAGGGAGAGACCAGAGGAAUGGAGGAGAUCGUCAGAGAGCAGGAGAUGCAGCUUCUGAGAUGCAGAGAGAGACGCAACCAGCUGAAAAGAGAGGUGAAGAGGAUGAAGGAGAAAAUAGCAGAGGAGGAGAGGAAUCAUCCGGAUGCUGAGGGAGAAAGACUGCUCCUCCUGAAAGAGAGAGAGAUGGAGGAGAAGAAAGAGAAGGAAGAAAAGAUGAAAGAGAUGAAAAGACAGCUGGAGGCGAGAGAAAAGGAUGAAAAGAGAAAGAGGAGAGAAUGUAAAGCAGUAGAGCUGGAGUUCACUUCAAAUCUCAGAGACAAGGAGAAGAUAGAGGAGGAGGAAGGAGAGAAAGAGAUGGAGAGAGAGAUGAAGGAAAGAGAGAAAGAGAUGGAGAAGAAGAGAGAGGAGGAGAAAGAGACGAAGGGGCAGGGAGACGCCACCUGCAGGUACAGCCUGGGAGAGGAAGAUAAGGAUGGAGGAGAUAUGGAGAGAACGACAGAGGGCAAAGAAGAAAAGCAGAGCGACAUGGGGUCUCUUUUUGAAGAAGUGUGGAGGACAGCUGUGAACAGAGAGGAGGAACGAGAACAAGUUCUAGAUAUGGAGAAGCAGAGAGAGAUGGAGAAGGAGGAACCAGAGAAGCAGAGAGAGGAGGAGGGACGUCAGAAGGAGAGCAGCGAGAGAGAGCUGGAGAUCGAGAGGAUAAUGGAGGCGAGGCGUCAACACAUGGAGAGAGAAAUGAAGAGGAAGAGAGAACUGAUGAAGAAGCUGUUUUCUCCAGGAGUGAACAUGUUCAGGACAGAGAACCGGGUUCAGCGCAGGAAACAGAGGAACCUGAAGGAGCCCUCAAUCAACGAGGAGGAGCAGGCCCAGCUUGAAGGACAAGAGGAACCUCAGAGGUCUAGCUGGCCUGUUUCUCCAAACGGAGAACCGCUGGUCAUCUCCAUAAAACCCAGUAACCCAGUCCUGGAGGAGCCUGAACCAUGUGAACCCUCCCCAACUGACCCCCCCACUGACCCCCACACAGAGGACACUGUGGGUGGAGAUGAAAGCUCUGUGGUGGAGGAAGCCGUCCUCAAGCCUGAGGGUUUCACUGAGCCACAAUCAGAAGAGGCUCUCAAUGAAGCAAUGGAACAGGCUUCACCCACCCAGACUGACCACCCAAAAGAUGGACCCACAUCCUCUGAGACGGUGGAAGAGGCCGACCACGACGCUGGAACUGGGAAACAGGCCGAGAACAAGAACCAGAGGAUGCGCAUCAUCGGCUGGAUCAACCAGAAGGUCAAGGAGAGACACCAGAAGUCCAUCCAGAAGAGCUUCAUGAAGGAGAUGAACUAUGGAUACAGGCUUUUGAAAACUUCUGAAGGAGUGAUGACAUUGGCAAAGUAUGAACAGGCCAAAAGAGAGAAACUAAGGAAGAAGGAGGAGAGGAGGCAGGCACUGGAGGACAGAUGGAGAGAAUGGGAGGAGAAAAGGGCUGAGAAGAAAGCUAGGAAAGAGGAGGAGAAACAGGCAUUGGAGGCCAAACGGAGAGAGGAAGAGAAGAAAGAGGCUGAAAAGAAAGCAGAGAAGAAAGCUAAAGAAGAGUAGAAGAAAAAGAAUGAGAAGAAAGCCUCCUCAGCUCCACACGGCACCAUCAUGAGCAACAUGGCGUCAUUAUAUAUGCCGAGAGGAUGCUUUGUGCUGAACUUCAAUACUGAAAGGUAAAAUAUUUCUGCUUCAUAAAGUUCAUAAUGUUAGAAGCCAAAACAAUUUAAAUUUAAAAUGAUCUCAUCUGGUCAAAACAUCUGAUCAUCUGAAGAGUCUUCACUAGUGAGAGAUCACUUCACCAUUUCCUGGGUUAAAACGGUGAAUUUCACAGAGAAAAAACGCCAAGUUUAUUUGUUCAUAUCAUUUUUAAUACAUGCUGAGUCAGCAUAAAAACUAAAA